AUGAAUCCCAGAAACUCACAGCAUGCCAGAAAGCAAUUCAAUCCCAGACGAUUUGAAAUCGGUUCUUCAAGAAGUCUAGACUUGAACAAACCAUCAAUGGAUUUUGAUUCUUCUUUAAAUCAACCAACCCUUGGAGAAACCAUCACUGAUCCACACACUAAUGAUACUUAUCUUCUCAACUUGGAAAUUGGGUUUUUUUCUAACGGACGAGGCCAUGUUUACAGAGCUCUGUUUUCCAAAUAUUUGGAGGACGAUGACAUAUUCGUCCCUUCUGGUUAUGUCACUUUGAAGAUCCACAACAUGAACCUCCAUGAAAAUGAAUUCAACUUGAUUCAACGUGAAGGUACCACAGCCAUUAUUAAUUCCAACAUAAUUCGAUCCAAAAGAACUUUCAUUGCUGCGAAUUUGUUUUGUAUUUCUUUGCCGUAUAUGUCAGAGGGAUCGAUUCGUUGUAUUCUCUCCACUCGUCCCAACAAGAAAGUGCCAGAGGAUAUAAUUUCAAUUAUUCUUAAAGAAGUACUUAUUGGACUAAACGAAAUUCAUGUUGAGUCCAAUCCAAUGGUUCAUAAGACAUUGAAUGCUGGAGAUAUAUUUGUUAACAUCGACGAUGCUACUAAACAAGUUUCAAUCAAGUUAGCAUUUGAAGUAUCUGUUUAUGAUUCUGAAGCCCCAAAUUGUAACCACGGAGAAGCUAGUUCAUCGUCUUUGUUUUUGAAUCCGAAGAGUAUUUCUGAAUGGGGUGCUGCACCAGAGGUGUUUGAGAUUGGCAAUGAGAAUAACAGAGGACCAAAAUCUGAUAUCUGGUUAGUGGGAAUAACAGCAAUGGAAUUAGCAUAUGGGAAUAUACGCGUGAGGAAUCGUAGAGACUUGAAUUAUAUAAUCGAGAUGAUAAGGGAGAACAAGACAUUACCAAAAUCACUUGAAAGUGUGAUGAACAAGAAAGAUAGUGUUCGUUAUGGGGAGUUUUCGAGGGAGUUUAAUGAGAUGGUUCUUGCUUGUCUUAGAGAGAAACCAGAGAAGAGGCCAACUGCUGAUGAGCUUUUGAAUACUCCAUUCUUUAGUGCUAUUGAAAGGUUUAAGCAAUUUUUGUUGAAUGAAGAUCAAAAUAAGUAG